GGUUACAUGGUCAGGGGCCGUCUGAAACUCGGGAAGCUCAGGCGUGGAACUGUGUAAUAACUCCCCUCCGGAAAUCCGUACCGGUUGUCGGAUCCUAACAUUCACCAUCCGGCCACGAAAUCAGGCGAGGGCACUCUUUCUCCAUGGGGCUCAUGUGAUUUAAUCUCGUAGAGCUAGGGUUACGUGGGGUUUAGCUAUUGUUGGAACGAUGGCGGCAGUUUCCAGAGAGAAAGUCGCCGGCCUUCUGAUCUCUUCCAAGCGCGCUGCAGCUAUUCCGUCGAAGUUGGGCUACCUGCGCCGGCUUAGGAAUGAGCUUUCCGGCGCCGACUCCAUCUUGCUUGCCGAGUUCUUCCCUCUUAUCACUGGCCUCGUAUCAGAUCGAUUUAGUCCAGCUCGCAAAUUCACAAUAGAAAUGCUAAGUCCUAUUGGAAUCAAAUACAUCGAAUUCCUUCCUGAAAUUGUGCCUUUAUUGAUCACAUCCCUGAAGGAUGACACACCUGCUGUUGCUCGACAGUCUAUUAUGUGUGGAAUUGAGAUAUUUCGUUCUCUUCUGUUCAAAGUUACACUUCAGGGCUUGUAUUCAAGCGAAUUGGAUGGUUCACUCGAAUCAGCUUGGGCGUGUGCACAGAAGUUCAUGGAUGAAAUAUAUGCUGUGGCAUUUCAGCCAGAAAUUGAUGGAAGAAGUUUACUGGCAAUAAAGUUUGUGGAAUCUGUCAUUCUUCUUUACACGCCCAAUCCGAAUGUCAGCUCAGAGCCACCUGCUAAUUUACGUGCUGACGGAAAUUUUGAAGACUUCAACAUAUCAUGGCUUCGUGGAGGUCAUCCAAUACUUAAUGUUGGAGAGUUAUCAGAUAAAGCCAGCAAUAGUUUGAGCUUACUACUUGAUCAGUUAAGGUUUUCAGCCAUGAAGUCACUAAGUCACUUGAUGUCCAUUGUGGUCAUCAAUAGCCUUUCAGCAAUUGCCACAAAAAGGCCAGCUUUUUAUGGUCGUAUUCUUCCAGUUUUAAUGGGCCUAGAUCCUUCAAAAUCUGACAUCAAUGGGAAGUAUGUUUCUGCGGUGCAUCAUUCUCUGAAGAAUGCAUUCCUAUCUUGCUUGAAUUGUACACAACCCGGUUCUGCCCCGUGGAGGGAUCGAUUAAUUGGAGCACUGAGAGGAAUGAGACCUGGAGGACAGACAGAUCAAGGUGCACACCAGGUUUCCCUGAGCCAUGGGAAUGCUCAGCUAAAGCAUGAGUUAUGUGACUCGGAGGAUGCCAAACCGUCAAUUAAAGCAGUGGAUACUGGUUCUAGCCCUGCUGGGAGAAAACGCUCAGGGAUUGAAUCUAAUGCUGAUUUGGUCGAUGUUGAUGAUGAGAUGUCUCGAAAACGUCCAAAACCAACUCCUGCUGUCACAGAAGUGAAAGGAGAAUAUAAUGUUCAACAGGAUAAAUGUUCUUCAAGUGAACCAACUACAUCUAGAACAGAUAGUGAUAGCAACGCUGUGAAGCAACUUGUUGCAAUGUUUGGUGCACUAGUUGCAAAGGGUGAAAAGGCUAUGCCAUCACUAGAAAUUCUUAUCUCGAGUAUAUCAUCAGACUUGCUGGCUGAAGUUGUGAUGGCCAACAUGCGAAAUGUCCCACCAAAUCGACCCAAUUCAGUAGUAGAAGAUGAACUUUUGGCGGCAGGAUCACAUUUUGGUGCUAGCACGAUUGGAACUGGCUUAAGACAAUUGUCUUCAUUGUUGACUGAUAUCUUUUUACAGCCCAGCGCAUUGCAACUGAAUGAUAGUGCUGUUGAUGCUCAAUUAUCUUGUGAGCUUGAGCAAUCUGGACCGGAGGAGCAACAUUUGAAUAUUCCUCAGUGUAAGGCUGCAUCUGAUUCCCAAGACUAUGGAAGCAAUCAAGUUCAAAAACCUGUUUCUAUUUGUGAAGGCAGUCCUUCAGCAAUGGAGAACAUUUCAGUGAUUGCAUCUGAAGUUGCUGACAUUGGGAAUAUGAAGAAUCCAAUACCUGGUGUAGAUUCUCUUUCCCAGAGUGAUGGAUUAGCAGGCAUAGUUGUUCCUUUGCCAGCUUCUACUGACCUUGAUGAGGUCAAUCAAAAGCUUGUUUCCGGUCUAACUAGGCCACAGUUAGAAGUACUUCCAUCAUUUUCGACUGAUAGAUCUGAGGAACUUAGUCCUAAAGCAGCAGUGACAGAUGCUACCAGCACCCACUCAUCAACAGCAACCUCUGUCGGGCAGUCUCCACAGUUGGUGCUUCCAAAGAUGUCUGCACCUGUUGUGCGUCUGCCUGAUGAACAAAGAGACAAUAUACAGAAGUCAUGUUUGAUGCGCAUCAUUGAUGCUUACAAGCAAGUAGCAGUUGCAGGAGGCUCUCAUGCUCGUUUGUCUGUUCUUGCUCAUUUAACAGUUAAGCUUCCCUCAGAUCUAGAUGCAUGGAAAAUGCUGCAAGUGUACAUUUUGUCAGAUUAUGUGAACCACGAGGGGCACGAGUUGACGUUACGUGUGCUCUACAGGUUAUAUGGCCAAGCAAAAGAAGACCAGGACUUUUUUUCUUCAACAGCUGCAGAGUCUGCAUAUGAAAUGUUCCUUCUAACAGUGGCAGAAACACUUAGGGAUUCAUUCCCAGCCUCUGAUAAAUCUUUAAGUAGAUUGCUUGGUGAUGCUCCACAUCUACCAAACUCUCUCUUUAAAUUGUUAGAGUGUUUGUGCUGUCCUGGUAGUAACGAAAGUAAUGACAAGGAGUUAUAUAGUGGAGAUCGAGUAACACAAGGCCUCAGUGCUGUAUGGAGCCUAAUUUUACUGAGACCAUCAAUUCGGAGCACAUCACUUAGUAUUGCUCUACAGAGUACUACACAUCACCUAGAAGAAGUGCGUAUGAAGGCUAUACGACUGGUUGCAAACAGGCUUUAUCCUUUACCGUCCAUCUCUCAACAAAUAGAAACUUUUGCAAGUGAAACACUAUUAUCAGUCAUAAACGUCAAUCAUAAAACAAGUUCAAAUGAUGAGCAGUCUAAUACUGACAUGCAACAGGAUUCUAAUUUGGUGGAUAGAAGUGUGAAUGAACAGACAUCUACUUGUUCCGCCUCCAAAGAAAUAUCCCCUGACACGCAUCAGUCACCCCCUUCUGAAAAUUUCCCUUCAGUAGCUGAAGUACAGCGUUACAUGUCACUGUAUUUUGCACUGUGUACAAAGAAGCACAUCCUUUUUCGGCAAAUAUUCAUCAUUUAUAGAAGUGGAUCCAAGGCAAUCAAGCAGGCAGUUGAUGCUCAAAUCCCAAUGUUGGUCCGGACUAUUGGCUCAUCACCUGAGCUUCUUCAAAUCCUAUCUGAUCCACCAUCUGGAAGUGAGGCACUCUUGAUUCAGGUUCUUCGUACAUUGACUGAGGGGAUCAUCCCUUCUCGUGAGCUAAUAGUUUUAGUCAGGCAGUUGCAUGAGACAAAAGUGAAGGAUGUAGAAAUUCUUCUUCCAGUGCUGCCAUUCAUGUCAAAGGAGGAGGUCCUGCUGAUUUUCCCUAAUCUUGUCAAUGCACCACUAGUUAAAUUCCAAGCAGCUCUUUCUUGCCUUCUGGAGGGGUCACCUCGUGCUGGCCCAGUGCUAACCCCGUCAGAGGCUUUAAUUGCUAUUCAUGGAAUCCAUCCUGAUAGAGAUAACAUCCCCUUGAAGAAGGCAACGGAUGCUUGUAAUGCUUGCUUUGACCAGCCACAGAUCUUUACCCAGCAAGUUGUUGCAAAAGUAUUGAAUCAAUUGGUUGAACAAAUUCCUCCUCCGUUAUUAUUUAUGAGAACAGUAUUACAGGCUGUUGGAGCUUUCCCUUCUCUGGUUGACUUUAUAAUGGAGAUUCUCUCUCGCCUUGUAAGCAAACAGAUAUGGAAAUACCCGAAAUUAUGGGUAGGAUUUGUGAAAUGUGCCCAGCUGACGAAACCACAAUCUUUCGGGGUUCUGCUUCAGCUGCCUGCUGCGCAACUGGAGAAUGCAUUAAACAAAGUUGGUGCGCUGAGGGGAAGUUUAGUGGCACACGCUAGCCAGCCGCACAUAAAAGCGUCGCUCCCAAGGUCAGUACAGGUGGUUCUUGGAAUUGCAUCCGAUUCUCAAGGUUCAAGUCAGGCUCAACCGCCACCUCAGCAGCCUCCAACUGACGCUAAUAAAGAGGCAGUGGCAGAAUCAUCUGCCGCCGCAAGUUAGAUACACACACACACACAUGUGUGUGUGUGUGUGUAUCGGGGCUGGUGGGUAUGCUUUAGAUUCUCAUUGAAAAGCUCUGCUACUAAUUGUGAUUGAUCUUUGGUUCUUAAAAGUACUUGUAUGUUAUGAUUGAGAAAAGAAAAACAACAAAAAGAACCCCUCCCUCUCUCUUUAUAUAUGUAUAUGCUUCUAUAGUUCUUUUCAUUCAAAUGCGAGUUGUGGUGAAGUGAGAAUUUGGUUUGGUAUUCUUAAUUUCUGAUAACAACCACAUUACCCCCAUUG